AUGUUCUCCACCUGGAAGAGACCAGGGCUGCUCUCUGUGCAUGAGGACCCCAUGCCCACCACAGCCUCCCUCAGCACUGAAAUGCUCAACAUCAGCUCACAAGCUCUCGAAUCUGCUCUUAACGGGACCCUUUCCCAGGACAGCAGCUGCCCGGACACYGAGUGGUGGGGCUGGCUCAAUGCCACCCAGGCCCCCUUCCUCUGGGUCCUGUUCGUGCUGGCUGCAGUCGAGAACGUCUUUGUCCUCAGUGUGUUCUGCCUGCACAAGAGCAGGUGCACGGUGGCCGAAAUCUACCUGGGGAACCUGGCGGUGGCUGACCUGAUCCUAGCCUGCGGGCUGCCCUUCUGGGCCAUCACCAUUGCCAACAACUUUGACUGGCUCUUUGGAGAGGUCCUGUGCCGGGUGGUGAACACCAUGAUCUACAUGAACCUGUACAGCAGCAUCUGCUUCCUGAUGCUGGUGAGCAUCGACCGUUACCUGGCCCUGGUGAAGACCAUGUCCAUGGGCAGGAUGCGUGGGGUGCGCUGGGCCAAACUCUACAGCCUGGUGAUCUGGGGGUGCACGCUGCUCCUGAGCUCGCCCAUGCUGGUGUUCCGGACCAUGAGGGGGUACAGUGAUGAGGGCCACAAUGUGACCGCGUGCGUCAUCAUCUACCCGUCCCACACCUGGGAGGUGUUCACCAAUGUUCUCCUGAACUUGGUGGGCUUCCUGCUGCCCCUGAGCGUCAUCACCUUCUGCACGGUGCAGAUCAUGCAGGUGCUCCGGAACAACGAGAUGCAGAAGUUCAAGGAGAUCCAGACAGAGAGGAAGGCCACCGUGCUGGUCCUGGCCGUGCUGCUGCUCUUCGUCGUGUGCUGGCUGCCCUUCCAGAUCAGCACCUUCCUGGACACGCUGCUGCGCCUCGGCAUCCUCUCGGGCUGCUGGAACGAGCACAUCAUCGACGUCAUCACGCAGAUCAGCUCCUACGUGGCCUAUAGCAACAGCUGCCUCAACCCGCUGGUGUACGUCAUCGUGGGCAAGCGCUUCCGGAAGAAGUCCCGCGAGGUGUACCGGGGCACGUGCGGGAAAGUGGGGUGCGUGCCCGAGCCCGUCCCGGCGGACAACUCCGUGGGCACGCUGCGCACCUCCAUCUCGGUGGACCGCCAGAUUCACAAACUGCAGGACUGGGCGAGGGGCAGYCAGUGAACGGGACCAGGGGCUGCUGCUGUCGUGCGCGAGGACGGACGGACAGCGGCUGUCCAGCACCGGCCCAGCAAGGAGCUGGCGGCCUCSGGUGAUCUCGAGCAAUGAGUUGGUGUCUCAGGAAAAAUACAGGAAAGCGAU